AAUUUGUUUCCUUUUUUGUGUCAGUGGUCGUUAUUCUUCACAAGCGAGACUCCGGAGCUGACGAAUGACUUCUUCACUGAAAAUCCACACAACACACGGAUGAUCUUAUUUAAUGUCAUUUGUCAUUUUAAUCCGAGCCAUUCUCUUGUCUGUGUAAACAUUUGGAAUGAUAAAAAGCCAGUCACGUCCUCUCCUGUGUUUAUAUAAAAAGGCAGACGAGUGACCGCGUAAAAUAUUAGCCUACAUUUCGUUUUAAAUGAGACAACAGUGUACUUUCUAUAAAAUGUUCAAAAAGUUACUUAAAAUGUGCGUAAAACACGCAGUGGAGCACUCGCGGGGCUUCAGUAAAAGCAGAGGUCGCUGAUGUUUACAUUCUAAAAGGCGCUGUCGAGGUCUGGGAGGUGCUGAAAUCUACUCAAGCUCCGUUCCGCGUGAUUGGCACACUUGACAGUGAUUGACAGGCGUCCGUGGAAACCACGCAACCAAUCUGCCAAGUCCAAUAGAAAAUCAGAAGAGGGCAUCGCGUCUUUUCCCUCCUCAAAAAAAAAAAAAAAAAAAAAAUCUUCAUUCUUGUGCUAUAAUCUCGUGCCCUCGAACUCUCCAACGGAGGCAGCCUCAGACCCACAGAGCGACAUCUCUAUUUCUCUGCAUCGUCAAACGCUCAUCAGCUGACUCUGGAAUUGCCUUUUCGCCUGGAUUCGACUGGAGGAGAGAGAGAAAAGCUACAUAAAGCAGGAAGCUUUGCUGGAGGUAGCAAGGACUCCGAGGGGGGGAACAGAAGCCUUCAUGUUUCAGUUGCCAAUCUUGAAUUUUAGUCCCCAGCAGGUAGCGGGGGUAUGCGAGACUUUGGAAGAGAGCGGAGACAUCGAGCGUCUCGGCCGAUUCCUUUGGUCGCUGCCCGUCGCGCCAGCCGCCUGCGAGGUGCUGAACAGAAAUGAGUCUGUGCUGCGAGCUCGGGCCAUCGUAGCCUUCCACACUGGGAAUUUCCGUGAGCUUUACCACAUUCUGGAGAACCACAAGUUCACCAAAGAGUCUCACUCCAAACUGCAAGCACUUUGGCUGGAGUCACACUACCAGGAAGCGGAGAAGCUCCGAGGCCGCCCGCUAGGGCCAGUGGACAAAUACCGGGUACGGAAGAAGUUCCCUCUGCCUAAAACUAUUUGGGAUGGAGAACAAAAGACGCACUGCUUUAAAGAAAGAACCCGGCAUUUACUUCGAGAAUGGUACCUUCAGGACCCUUAUCCGAACCCAAGUAAAAAGAGAGAGCUUGCACAAGCUACGGGACUCACUCCCACUCAAGUGGGGAAUUGGUUUAAAAAUCGAAGACAAAGGGACAGAGCCGCGGCCGCUAAAAACAGGUUACAACAGCAGGUGUUAUCUAAUGGCUCGGUUCGGUCCUUAACUGGAGAGGAUGGUGCUGUAGACCGACUGGGGAACGCGUCGAGCCCUGAAGCGAGCCUGUCGAGCAAAGCCGCUGCGUCGGCCAUCUCCAUCACUUCAAGUGACAGCGAAUGUGACAUCUAACAUCGCACCACGAACCGCCCCGCGGGCUAUACGGGAAGACUAUGAGAAAAUUAACACAUACGAAGGAAAUCGAGACAGACAAUCAGCAAGAUAAACAAGCACAUUAGUGCCUGCCUUAACGUAUCAGAGGCCGUGUUUUUAUUUUAUUUUAUUUUUUAUUUGGAGGUUGUUAUACCAGCCCGGAAUCUUGGGAUUCAUGGAAUGCUUUAUCUUUAAAAUGUAUUUAUCUUUUUGUGACAGCAAAGUGGGGGCAAACAUGAACAAAAAUGACAUUAGAGGGAAAAAUACUAUCUGUAUUAAAACUACUUUUGUAAACAAAUCGACUGCCUCAAGCAAACAGGUCCGACGGAAAUGAUAUUCACACUUUUUGUUAAUUUUGAAAAGGACUUCAUGGUGAAACAUUUUACCUCCCAGGUUUUCUAAGGUGUUUACGCAUUAAAUUGUUGCUCUUAUAGAA